UCAGUUUCAUCUUUGUUUUAAUCCGAUCGAGACAUUCGAAAUGGGUAGAAUAAAAAUAAACGUAAUUUUAUUAAUAAUCCUCAAACUAUUCUUGGUGGGCACAACAACAGGAGAAGAGACGUACGAGAACGACCGACAAAUAGAAGAACAGUGUCACAGUGAAAUCUAUAAAAGUGUGAAGACUUUGCUAGACUACUUUAAACAAGUUCGUAAUGAGUUAGACCAAAGUGAAAUUAAGGAAAAGCAUAUAAGUGAAAUAAAUGCUGAUCUUAUGGUCAAGUAUCAUGAAAUUGUAGCAAUUCAUGAAAAGCUCAUGAAGGAGGCAUUUCAAUUAGAUGAGUAUAAAAACAAAAUAAUAAGAAAAGAAAACGAUUUGCAAUUGUGUCAAAGUAAAGUUGAUAAAUUAGAAUCUGAGAUUAAUUCACAACAAACAACUAUAAACAAAUUAACCCUACAUGCAAAUUUUCUUGCGAGUUAUGAUGAGUGUAAAAAAGAAUUAUCAGAUAAAUCGAACAAAUUAGAAAUAUGUGAGGUUCAAUUAAAAAAACUGAAUUCUAGUGUUAUUGAAAAAGAUGAGAAAAUUUCUGAAUACUCUGCAGCAAUUCAAGAAAUCACAGAACAUCAGAAAACAAUUAGUUUGAAAUUAGAAGAGAGGCAAACCAUGUUAUUUAAAAAAGAUAAAGACAUUGAAAUAUGCCAUGCAGAAAUUAUUAAAUUAAAUAGGACAUCACAUAAUAAUAAUAAUCCUUCAAGUUGUCUCCCUUUCGGAGAUCAUCCUGGUGUGCAUGAAAUUGAAGUUUCUGGUGUUGGUUCCUUCGAUGUCCUAUGCGAUAGUCAGUUAGCUGGGCUUGGUUGGAUAGUAAUCCAACAGCGAAUUGGUGGAAAAGAGAACUUUACCAGGGAUUGGGCCACAUAUCGCAAAGGUUUCGGUUCAUUGGAUAGUGACUUUUUCCUAGGAUUAGAAAAGAUGUAUCGACUAACGAGUCUGCAGCAAUACGAACUCUACAUUCAUUUGGUUGCCGAAAAUGGCAACAUCUUCUACGCUCGAUACGAUGACUUCAAAAUAUCCGAUGAGGACCAUGGAUACUCACUAAGCUUGGGUAAAUUCAGGGGAAAUAUUAAGGAUGCGAUGAGAAACCACGAAAACAUGAAAUUCUCAACAUUCGAUCGGGAUAAUGACGCUUCUUCUGAUAAUUGUGCAGUUUGGUUUAAUAGUGGUUGGUGGUACAACAGAUGUUCUCAAUGUAACUUAAAUGGAUUAUACGGCAGGAGUCUAUAUUGGUAUGCUGAAACAGUAAAAGAAGCUAAGAUGCUUAUUCGUCCCAAAGAAGACAAAAAUAAGUGAAAAACUGAAAAUUCGAAAUCGGAAUCCUUUUUUUACGAUUUAAAUCGCACUAAAUAUAUGUGGUUAACAGAUUGACAUUAGAAUGUACCAACGAAAGAGAUGAGAUUAUAUUGAUAUUGUUGUAAUGUAUGACAUUUAGAAACAAAUUCAAUUUUAGUUAAGUAAGCUUUACAUCUUCAGAUACUGUCCUAUUCUUAACUUUCGGCAGAGCUGCUAAAGCUACAGUUUACUAAUUUAAUGUCAUUAUUAUUUUGAUUCUUGUUCUUACUUUACAAGUUAACCUUAAAAAAGAGUAAAUCACUUUUAUUUCCUAAUUUUUUACUUACUGAAGUUGAAGAUAAGAAUGUUUUAUUAUUAUUCCGUUUCUGUUAAUAAAAUUGUCAAUAAAAA